AUGGCGCGAUGGGCCAUGCACCUCAGUCAGUUUGACAUCGAUUUCAAACCAAGGCCCGCCAACAAAGGCCAAGCUCUUGCAGACUUUAUAGUGGAGUGCACAGCUCAGGAAGUGACGGACCAGGUAGAAACUGAAGAUGGAGGGUGGUGGACCUUGUCCACAGACGGCUCUUCAAACAGCAAAGGUUGCGGCGGUGGCGUAGUGCUCGUCACUCCGGAGGGAUUCCGCGCCUACUAUGCCAUCCGAUUCCACUUCAAAUUAUCUAACAAUGAGGCAGAGUAUGAGGCCCUCCUCAAUGGACUGCGAUUGGUGGCGGGACUACGAGCUGAGAAGGUCCGAAUUCGAUGCGAUUCCAAGCUGGUGGUCAGCCAGGUGUCUGGGGAGUAUGAAGCCAACGAAGGAAGCGUGCAGAAAUACAGAGACGCGGUGUUGAGAACCCUGGGCGAGUUUAAGGGAUAUGAGAUACACCAGGUACCUAGAGAGCAGAACGCCGACGCCGACAUGCUCUCAAAGCUAAGUACUGGAGUCCCCAGCCACAUUAGGAAGAUCGCUCGACUAGAAGACCUCGAGACUUCAAGUAUCGACGUUUCGUGGGUCUUCCCUGUGCAAACUAGGGAGCCAUGUUGGAUUGAUCAUAUCAAACGAUACAAGGCAGACGGCACCCUACCGCAAGACGAGGCAGGCGCAAAGGUAACGAAGUUAUGGGCACCUAGCUACAUUGUCUCGGGCGAUAAACUGUACAAAGGCUCCUACAACGGCACGUUACUGAGGUUUCUAUAUCCAGAUGAAGCAAAGUUGGUGAUAAAAGAAGUCCACGAGGGGGUAUGCUCCGCGCACCAAGGGGCGUACACCAUCGCACGACGCAUCAUGUUACAAGGGUAUUUUUGGCCCAAAAUGCUGAGGGACUGCGCCGAGUAUACAAAGCGAUGUCCCAAGUGCCAAGAAUUCCAAGUACUGCCGGGUCGACCUGCUACGAACUACACCCCGGUAAGAACCGCGAUUCCUUUUUCGAGAUGGGGAAUUGACCUGGUAGGGGCCCUUCCCGCGGGGACUGGAAGCAGGAAGUACAUCAUUGUGACCAUUGACUAUUUCACGAAAUGGGUGGAGGCCGAGCCCCUGGCAAGCAUCACCGCAGCAAGGUGCAAAAGGUUUGUCGAGAAAAACAUCCUGUAUCGUUUCGGUAUCCCUCUCCAUGUAAUCACAGACAAUGGCCGACAGUUCGAGGCACGAGAAUUUUCAGAAUUCUUAGCAGGAUGGGGCGUUAAGCAUAGCCGGGUGGCGGUAUCUUAUCCUCAGGCGAAGGGCAAGUGGAGAAUGCGAAUAGAACCAUCCUCGACGGCCUCAGAAAAAAGCUAG